ACCUCCUGAAGACCUCCUGAAGACCCCCUGAGGACCUCCUGAAGACCUCCUGAGGGCCUCCUUCAGAGUUCAGGCAUAUCUGUCAGGAUUCAUAAUAAGUACUCAUUAUUACAUCCAGAUAUUAUUUGUUACGUACAUAAAUGUUGUAUUACAGAUGUAUUUUUAAAUAUCUAGGAAACCAUUUUAAGUUUUACUUUUUUUUCAAUCCACGACUUUACACCUAAAAAAAGUGUCAAAAUGCCCAAUUAAAUGAUUUUCGACGAGAUCGUGGCAAACAAAUGCAUUUUGAAAGCAUUUUUGAGUGAACAAAAUGGCGCUUUAAUAAUUAUAAAAUAUUUACUUGUUUUAGUGUAUUGACAGAAAUAAUAAUGAUUAGAUAUAAGCAUAAUACGUAAUUUAGAGCGAUUAUUAUUUUUUUCGAAAAAAUAUUAACGAUCACAGAAAUAUUCUAAACACGAAUUAAGUGUUGAAAAUUUUCAAAUUGUUAAAUUUUACCUUAUUAAGUUUACCUAACCCUGGUAGUUAGAUCAAGUUUUAGUUACUUUAUUUAUAUACAUAUUAUAUAUGCAUAUAUUAUAAUAUAAAUAUAUUUUUAUUUUAUUUUUUUGUUUUUUUAUCAUUUUUACCUCAUUUUGAUAUAUAACUAAUGUAGGCAUAUUGCGCAGGGUUUCUACACAAAUUUUGUCCUGUGAUUCCUGUAAUUCAAAAUAAAAUUUUUAUUUUUUUUAAAUACAUUAAAAAGUACAUAGAUAUAUUUUUAUGUAAUUGAAGACAUUAAUCAUUGGAUAGAUUUAACAAAUUCAAAAUAUUGAUUUUGAUUGGCUUUCUUGAAACGUUCACUGCACAAUUAAAAAUUUAUAGCAAAGAUUUUGUUUCUUGAUUCUAAUCUAAAAAUAUUUCUUUAAAUUAAUAAAGAUAUUUCAGAAAAAUGAGAUGCAGUAAAAAAAUCAAAAAAUUAGCUAUUUGUAUACGACACUAGUUAAAACUAUUAAAUAAAUAAUGUUUAAUACAAUCAGACGGUCAUUCUUUGUGGAAUUGCUGUCAGACUUUGCUUCCUUCAUAACUCUUUUAAUUGUCAUCUUACGCACAAGGAUAUCAAGUCUUUUUACCCCCUAGAACCUUUACAUAAGAAAUCCUGUAAAAUUUCUAAAAUAAAUUAUUUAAAAUGCAAUUCAGUUAUUUUUUUUUAAUAUGCUUUUAAUUUGCAUGUCCACAUACAUCUGUGGUAAUGUUACAUCGUCCAAACGCAACAUCCCCCCUACUAAACUUCUGACCUACUAACUUUCAGAUCUACUACAAUAUCGGACCUUCGCCAGAUGUUAAUCUUGUAUUAUUUGAGGGUUAGAUUAAGUCAAUUUCUGGGCCGAGCAAGGCAGCUAGGACUGGCUAGGGGGCCAAGCGCCGCGGCAAGGACAGGCUAGGAGGCCGGGAAUUGCGGCCACAAGUCUUUAUAGCAGCUGUAAAACCACCUGCUAGUAGGUCGGAUGUGUAGUAUAGAGGAUUUGGCAUAGGUCAAAAGUGGAGUAGGGCGGAUUUUCGUAGGUCGAAAAGUACACCAUCCACAUCUAUAUAUAUUUAUCUAUAUCUAACUUUUCUUUCAGAAAUUAGCAUAAAAUGGUGUCCGACACUUGACAACUAUGAAUUUAAAAAGGAAGAAGUAUCCAUGUUGUUGUAGUGUUUAGGUGUAGACCAAACAAUACAGAUGAAAACAAGCCUAGGAUCAUAUUCAUGCAUAGCAGAGGAGAAGGACAAAGUGGAAGUGGUGUUUAAUGGAUCAAUUGAUAAGGGAAAAUAUGGGAAAGAAAAGGAGGAAGAAAAUGAGAAAGAGAAAAGUCUACCAAGAUUGAACCCAGUUGAUUCUGGCGAAAUGGAACAUAUUUUUCCUCGGUUUCUCAAAUCCGUAAAGAAACGUAUUCCUAUUCUGACCUGGUUGAAAACAUACACACUCGGCGAUUGCAUAUCUGAUGCUAUAGCAGGGGUCACAGUGGGACUAACAGUAAUACCACAGGGUAUAGCCUAUGCUGCAGUGGCAGGACUGGAUGCACAGUAUGGAUUAUACUCAGCAUUCAUGGGAUGUUUUGUUUAUUGUAUUUUUGGAACAUCCAAAGUGAUCACUAUCGGACCUACUUCAAUAAUGGCGCUAAUGACUCAGGCCAAUGCGAAGCUUGGACCUGAUUAUGCUGUACUGCUCUCCUUCUUCUCAGGGAUCAUCACUCUUAGUUUCGGUAUUCUACAGUUAGGUUUCUUGGUUGAUUUCAUCUCUGCCCCGGUCAUCUCUGGAUUUACGAGUGCAGCGAGUGUGAAGGUCAUCACAGGCCAAACCAAAGCUCUUCUAGGCCUUACUAUCGGUGAGAAGUCCCAGAUAAAUCUUGGAAUAGUGGACGAAUGGAUUGAUAUAUUUACUUAUAUAAAAACAAUAAGGUACACUGAUGCAAUACUGGGUAUAGGUAGUCUUGUACUUCUCCUCUCUCUCAGAGCCUUGAACCGUGUUGCUUGGUUUAAAUCCUCUCAGCUUCCUAGUCCUGGUAUUCAAACUUGGUUCAACAACCUUCCAUCUAGUAUUCAGAAUGUAAUGAGUAAAUGUAUCUGGUUCUGCAGUACAUCAAGGAAUUCAUUAGUUGUGAUAUCUUGUGCUGUUAUGGCUGGAUACAUUGAUCAGGACUGUAUUGACAUCAUGAAGGAUAAAAACCAGGGACUUCCCGUAAAUGGUUCUUGUGUUUGGAGAUUAACUGGAAGUAUACAAGAGGGUCUUCCACCCUUUCAUCCUCCUCCAUUUUCAACACUUAGUUCAAACAAUGAAACAGUAAGUUUUGGAGAAAUGGCGACAGAAAUGGGUUCUGCUAUCAUUCUUGUGCCUCUCAUUGCGAUUCUCCAACAUAUUGCAAUUGUAAAGGCGUUUGCUGGAGGUAAACCUGUUGAAGCAAGCCAGGAGCUGAUUGCACUGGGCUGCAGCAAUAUGUUGGGUUCAUUCGUUAGAUCUAUGCCAACCACAGGAUCCUUCAGUCGUAGUGCCGUGAACUCUAACAGUGGAGUUAGAACUCCUCUAGGCGGAGUGUUUACUGGAUUAAUCAUAGUUCUUUGUCUUGCUGUUCUUAUCCCAUACUGUGCUUUCAUUCCUAAGGCAACCCUGGCAGCUGUCAUUAUAUCUGCUCUCAUCUUUAAUCUUGAGUACCAUGUUCUUAUACCAAUGUGGAAAAGUAAAAAGAUAGAUUUGAUGCCUGCCCUGACUUGUUUCUUCGUUUGUGUGCUCUAUGAUAUAGAGAUGGGUAUACUUGCUGGAGUUGUUAUUCAGUUGAUCCUCCUUCUCUACCAUACUGCUCGUCCUCGAAUCCUUGUUCAGCUAAGAAAGGUUCCUGGUUCCGAGCUUGAGUAUUUAUAUAUUGCUCCCGAGCAAAGUAUAAUGUUCCCUGCUGUUACCUAUGUUUGGAACCUGAUCAAUAAAGCAUCGUUCCAUAAGGCAAGCUCUGCUGUACCAGUAGUAAUUGAUUGCACUAAACUCAACCAGAUUGAUUAUACAACAGCUGAUGUAUUCAAAUCUAUUCUCGAGGAUUUUAGCUCUAGGCGUACAGAUGUGUACUGGUUGAACCCCGUCCCUCAUGUCGCCCACACUAUUACUGUGCUAGCUAAAGACAGAUUCAGACCGAUAUAUGGAGACCUUAGCCUAACUCAAUUAGUCCUCAAAGGAAAUACGACAGCGUUUGAAGACGACAGUAACACAUGUUUAUUGAACACUACUCCGCAGCUGCUUAAUGGAAAUCCGCAUUUUAUCAAUGGAAAUCCGCAAUUUAUCAACGGAAAUCCGCAAAUUCUAAUCCACUCUCCUAUUCUUUUACAAAGUACUUGCAAUAACCUGAAUGAAGCCCUGGUUUUGGUUAAUGAUAUUCCGCACUUAUUUAAUGUUGCAAAUAAUCAAAAUGAAACCUUACUUGAGGUCAAAGAAACCAAGGAUACCAAGGAUACCAUUGAUACCAAGGAUACCAAAGUUACCAAGGAUACCAAAGUUAUCAAGGAUACCAAAGAUACCAAGGAUACAAAAGAAACCAAGGAUACCAAAGUUACCAAGGAUACCAAAGAUAUCAUCACCAUUGAAGCAACUGACCCAGUAGGUGCUUCUGGAGCUUCUGCUCAUCUUGCUAAUACCUCUAAGCAAACUUCUUUUAAUUCUACCCAGAAGAAAGAAGAUAUAAACUCGAAUAUUGAAGAUAGACAUCAAGAUUGAAAAUGUUGCCCGCUGGCGAAAAAUGCAGAUUGUUCCGCAAUAUUUUGUUUUCUUUUAGGAUGUCAGCAAUGAUUUCAAAUGUAAUCUGCAAUUUGUAACAUGGAUUUUUUAGUUUGCAUUAAGGUCAUACAAUUAUAGACAAGGUCACAUUCUUGAAAAUUUUAUAAUUUUAUAUUAAAUGCAUAUCAUAUAAAUGAAUACUUAUUGAAAAUUAAAAUUGCUCAAAAAGCAGAAAAGAGGCUAGAAAUUCGUUACUGAAAAAGGACAGCCAGACAACUGAAAAUUGUGUACUUCCUUUAAAAACCUCUCAGCAGUCUACCUUUUCCUAAAAAAAGAUGGCUUUCUAAAUUUGUUGAUGGUUUUUUUUCUGGGAGGGGGGCGGGGGGGGGGAUUAAGGGAAAGUGACAUUUAUUUUCCCAAAGAAACUUAUUUCUUUCAAAUAGCUUUCGAGUGAAAUCACAUUUACAACUCUGUCUCUCUCACAUUAUGUAAUGGGUUUUAUGAGUUUUGAUAGAGUAAGCUUAAAUAUAUCUCUUAGAAUAAGAAAAUUUUGUGAAUCUCGGGUCUUUUUUUGUUUGUUUUGUUUUUCUUUAAAAUUAUCAAGUAAUAUGUUACUAGAAUUUUAACUUAUGGUCAGAAACAGUGUUAUUGUUCAUAAAAUAACAGGGUGCCGCAAAUCGCACUUUUAUUUGACACUACCUGUAUUAGUUGUUGUAAACAAUUAGAUAAAUUAUAUACAAAUCCUGUGAUUACCAAGAAAAAACACGCAAUGUAAAAUUCUUUUGAUGUGAAAAUAUAUGUGGGGCUUGUGAAAAUUA